CAACGGCACCAGUGUAUGUUACAGCCCGCACUCAUUUUCUGCACUGAAUCAAGUACUGCAAUGUAUGUCUUUUAAGGAUGGAGGAAGAAAUCAAUUAUUCUACAGUGUUGUUUAAAAAUGGUGGUCCAGCUCCAAAGGAGAAAAAAGAGGACCUCGCAAUUUAUUCUGAAGUAAAACAUAAAGGGCCUGCUAAUACUGUACCAGAGAAAAAAGAGGACCUAGCAAUUGAUUCCGAAGUAAAACCUAAAGGUCCUGCUGCUCCUGUACCAGCAGAUGGUGAAGCACCUGCAAACCAUGACUUUCGUAUGUUGGCUGUGUGUGUGGGGAUACUCUGCGUACUCCUGGUGGCGAGCAUAAGUAGCAUCAUCUACAUCAGUGUGGUAAUGACCGAACAGAAAGCAAACUUCAUGGCCCUCACAGCAGCGAAUCAGCAGCUGCUCACUGAGAGGAACAUCUUAGGCAGAGAGGCAGAGGAGCUGAGCAAAGUCACAGACAAUCUCAACUGGACAUUGAGAGUCAUCCUGAAAUUCAGCAACUUUCCAGUAAAUGAAUACUGCCCAGAAAAGAAGUGUCAGCCAUGUAAGAACGACUGGAUUAUGUUCCAGGGAAAGUGCUACCUGUUUUACAAUAAAGACGCUCCUUGGAAGACAUGGGGACAAAGCCGAACGCAUUGCCAACAAACAGCAGCAGCAGCAGCAGAUCUUGUUGUAGUUGAUAGUCUACAAGAACAGGAAUUCAUCAAUAAUCACACCAAAUACUACUUUGAUAAAUACCAUGGAUACUGGAUCGGAUUAAAUGAAACAAACAAAAACUGGCUCUGGGUUGAUGGACAAAAUGACACUCUAAGGUACUGGAUUAACGAGGACCUUGGUACACUUGGUCCAUGUGCACUGAUGAUCCCGUGGAAGAAUGCUACAGACAGCUGGGACCCAGCAGACUGUGAAAUGAAUAACAAAUUCAUCUGUGAGAGUGAAGUUCUGAUAAAGUCUAAUUAGUUAGCGCUUCAUGCUGCAUGCAAAACUGCAUUUCCAAAACUGUCACUAAUUUUGGAAAAUUCAAACAAAUAUAUAACAAUAAUAUGAGGAAUGUUUCUGAAA